CAACUAUUCCCAUCAACAAAUCUUCACAGCUUCCGGGACCUCACACAUACCAUCCGGCCUCAUCGUCAAGAAGAAGCAUGACAAAGCAAACCAAGACACGGCCCAUACCUUCACCCCGAUCCCCGGGGUGGUCCAGACCCAAGUCAUACCGGUUUUCUCCCAAUCUAACCACGCCACACAAUAUACAUCACGCAUGGCGUUGCUAGAACAACAACAAAACGGCCCAAGGAAAAACGUACAUGUAAGCGACCCGUUUUUAAAAAGCGGGAAAACAAAAGGGGAACUGUCGCGAUUCGCCCAACCAAACUUUACACCAUGCGUUUUAUUCGCUUGGCGCAGGUAAGGUAGUUGGGAUUGCCUGCCGGGUUGGUACACGCCGAUAUGCAUGGAGCUAUGUGUAUGUGUGCUUACUGUGCAGUGGGUUGAUAUUAGCCAACCGAUUGUCCCGACUCGGGGAGGAAUUAUUGGGUGGGCGUCGUGGUGGUGGAUGGGAGGCUAUUUGUGGAUGGCAGGGGUUGUUGAAUCUUGAUGGUUUUGGAGAGGUGUAUAUAAGUAGUGAUAGUCUCGGACUUUUUGGGAGCAUGAAAAAGGUGUAACGGGGCUCUUCAAGGCUCGUUGAACAAGAUGGUGAGGUUGCUGCUGUGUUCUGUUCAGCUGCUUGUGGCGAGGAUCGUGGGGGUUGGAGCUCAGGCGCCGGGUGGUAGUACGUAUGAUUAUGUUAUUGUGGGAGGUGGUACGGCGGGCCUUGCUCUUGCUACUAGGUUGAGUCUUGGUUUGCCCAAUGCCAAAAUAGUUGUUAUCGAGGCUGGGCCUUCUGGCCUGCAUGAGGAUGGCAUCAACGUUCCUGGUUUGAAAGGGAGCACGAUCGGAGGAAAGUAUGACUGGUACUUUCCGACUGUACCCCAGAAAGCCUUGAACAAUCGGGUUGUUUUCAACCCCCGUGGUAAAGUACUUGGUGGCUCGUCCGCCCUGAACUUGCUCACUUGGGACCGUCCGGCGGCGAGGGAGAUUGAGAAGUGGAAGGAGUUGGGCAAUCCGGGAUGGGGCUGGAAGGAGAUGGAGGCGGCUAUGGAGAAUGCCGAGACGUUUGUGGGUGGACCGCCUGGCUCAGGGACCAAGGGUCCGAUAUAUGCGCUAUACAAUCGACAGCAGGCGCCUUUCCUGAAUGCUGUUGCCCCCGCAGUUUCGAGUCUCCAUGGUAUCCCGCUGAACUCGGACUCGAUCCAGGGGAAUCCCAUCGGCAUCGGGUACCAGCCUACCAAUGUGAACCCGACGUCCUACAACCGGUCAUACAGCGCGAAUGAGUAUCUUCCCAAGGCAAAAUCAAACCUGGUGGUCCUGACCGAAACUCGCGUCGCCAAGGUCAACUUGAAGAAAAGCGGCAAGCUUCAGCGGGCAACUGGUGUUACCCUUACUGACGGGACCGUCAUCACAGCCCGCAAGGAGGUUAUCUUGUCUGCGGGAUCUAUACAGUCGCCAAACCUUCUUGAGUCUUCAGGUAUUGGCGGGAGUGACAUUCUCAAAGCCGCCAAAAUCAAACAGCUCAUCGACCUCCCUGGAGUUGGGGAGAACUAUCAAGAGCACCUCCUGGUGUCGAUCAGCUAUCAAGUUCGAGACGACUUCAUUACCGGUGACCGAGUCAACUAUAACUCAACUUACAGAGAAGAACAAUGGAACCGCCGCCUCAACAACCUGUCCUCUUGGUUCGACGACGCUCGCUUUUCAAUACUGUUCGCCAACUGGAAGCAGAUCAUCGGUGGUUCUGACAACGCCCAGGUCGCCCUGGCCCGCUCUGUUCUCGCUGGGUCGAAAGAUGUUGGCCACAAGUGGAAGCUAGAGCAGCUUUCCGACCCCAAGAUCCCCCAAAUCGAGAUGAUCUUUACCUCUCGGUAUUUUGGCAAUAAGGGAUACCCCCCUGUUGGAUCCCCCUUGAAUGGAAAAGGCUUUAUGGCCAUCAUCGUCGGCCUCAUGCACCCCCUCGCAACAGGGAGCGUGCAUAUCGACCCUGCCAACGCCACCCUUGGGAGCCCAAUUAUUGAUCCAAAGUUUCUGAACAACGAAUAUGACAUCCAGGGAUUGAUUCACGCGUUGAAGUUUGCGAGGAAGAUCUUCCAGACGGAGCCGCUCAAGUCGGUGGUGGUGAGCGAAUAUGAACCCGGGCUGGAUGCGGUCAAGACGGAUGCUGAGUGGAGGGCGUAUUUGUUGCGGAAUAUGGGGAUCAUUUUUCAUCCCAUGUGCACUGCGGCGAUGCUGCCGAAGAAGGACGGCGGGGUGGUGGAUCCGAAGCUGGUGGUGUAUGGAACGGAGAACUUGAGGGUUGUGGAUGCGAGUGUGAUUCCGGUCCAGAUAUCGGCGCAUCCGCAGACGGUGGUGUAUGGGAUUGCGGAGAAGGCGGCGGAGAUUAUCAUCAAGGAGGGGAAGGGGAGGUAACAAGGAAGGGAGACGGGCAGGAUGUGGGAA